AGUGGUAGUCACUGUACUGGAUGGACUUCUGAGCUAUUGAACUACUUCCAUCUUUUGACCAUACUAGGAAAUUGUCCAUGGAGUUGAAAUAUUUAUUGCAGUAAUUUCUGGCCUUACACAAUUAAGGUUGAAUGCGUUUGGGAACUUGAUGCAUAAAAUUUGCACGACUCCUCACUCCUUUCUGGAUCUGUCAUUGGAUUUGAGCCGGCAUGGCUCACACUGCAAAGGUUAACGGCUGUGCCUCAGGUAAAGCAGAUGACGUUUUGAAUGGAGACCGUGACAAAGAACAGAAAGACCUGUAUUUUGUGGAGACACCCUAUGGUUAUCAACUAGACUUAGAUUUCCUUAAAUACGUGGAUGACAUACAGAAGGGAAACACCAUCAAGAAACUUAACAUCCAGAAGAGGCGGAAGCCGUCUGUGCCAUGCCCAGAACCCAGGGCCACACCUGGUGUAUGGACUUCUACCGAAUCCCUCUCAUCUUCCAACAGUGAUGACAACAAGCAGUGUCCCAACUUCCUUCUAGCCAGAAGCCAAGUUACAUCAACUCCAGUCCCAAGGCCACCUGCCCCUCUGGAGACCUCACCCCCUUUUCUUACCAUCCCAGAAAAUCGACAGCUGCCACCCCCCUCACCACAACUCCCAAAGCACAACCUUCAUGUCACCAAGACACUGAUGGAAACCCGAAGAAGACUGGAACAGGAGAGAGUCACCAUGCAGAUGACACCGGGUGAGUUCAGAAGGCCCAGGCUGGCCAGUUUUGGAGGCAUGGGCUCCACGAGCUCCCUCCCCUCCUUUAUGGGUUCUGGAAACCACAAUCCUGCCGUGCACCAGCUUCAGAAUGGAUACCACGGUAACGGGGAUUACGGUAGCUAUGCCCCAGCUGCUGCCACCACUUCCUCCAUGGGCAGCUCCAUCCGCCACAGUCCCCUGAGCUCGGGGAUCUCCACCCCAGUGACUAACGUGAGCCCCAUGCACCUGCAGCACAUCCGCGAGCAGAUGGCUAUUGCCCUGAAACGCCUGAAGGAGCUUGAGGAGCAGGUGCGAACCAUCCCCGUGCUCCAGGUGAAGAUCUCAGUCUUACAAGAGGAGAAAAGGCAGUUGGCCUCCCAGCUGAAAAACCAAAGGGCUGCAUCCCAGAAUGAUAUCUGUGGUAUGAGGAAGCGGUCUUACAGUGCAGGGAAUGCCUCCCAGCUGGAACCUCCCUCCCGGGCCCGGAGAAGCAGCGGGGAAUUGUACAUUGACUACGAGGAAGAAGAGAUGGAGAGCGUAGAGCAGAGCACACAGAGGAUAAAGGAGUUCCGACAGCUCACAGCGGACAUGCAGGCCCUGGAGCAGAAGAUCCAGGACAGCAGCUGUGAGGCCGCCUCAGAGCUCAGGGAGAAUGGAGAGUGCCGGUCUGUGGCUGUGGGUGCCGAGGAGGACAUGAAUGACAUUGUCGUGUACCACAGAAGCUCCAGGUCCUGUAAGGAUGCAGCUGUGGGGACAGUGAUUGUAACGAGGAAUUACGGGGUCAGUGUGACAGAGGCCAUGCUUGGAGUGACCACUGAAGCUGACAAAGAAAUUGAGCUGCAACAGCAGACCAUAGAAGCCUUAAAGGAAAAGAUCUACCGCCUAGAAGUACAGCUUAAAGAAACCACCCACGACCGGGAGAUGACAAAAUUAAAACAAGAACUUCAGGCUGCUGGAUCGAGGAAAAAGGUUGACAAAGCCAUGAUGGCCCAGCCGCUGGUUUUCAGCAAGCUGGUGGAGGCAGUGGUGCAGACCCAAGACCAAAUGGUUGGCGGUCACGUGGAUGUGGUGGACACGUGUGUCGGGACCUCUGUGCAAACAAACAGCGUAGGCAUCUCCUGCCAGCCUCAAUGUAAGGAGAAAGUCUCGGGGCCCGAGCUGCCCAUGAAUUGGUGGAUUGUUAAGGAGAGGGUAGAAAUGCAUGACCGUUGCACUGGGAGGUCUGUGGACUCGUGUGACAAGAGUGUGGGUGUGGAAGUCAGCGUCUGUGAAACAGGCAGCAACACAGAGGAGUCUGUGAAUGACCUGACACUCCUCAGGACAAACUUGAAUCUCAAAGAAGUGCGAUCCAUUGGUUGUGGAGAUUGUUCUGUCGAUGUGACUGUCUGCUCUCCAAAGGAGUGUACCUCCCGGAGUGUGAACACUGAGGCUGUUGGCCAGGCGGAAGUUGCUGUCAUGGCGGUGCCUCAUACCUCAAGCCGGCACACCAGUAUGGUUUUGGAACAGGUGAACCAGUCCACCAACACCGAGAUGGCCACCCUCAUGGAAUCCUGCACCAACACUUCCCUAAGCACCCUGGACAAGCAGACCAGCACCCAGACUGUGGAGAUGCGGACGGUGGCUGUGGGAGAAGGUCGUGUCAAGGAUGUCAACUCCUCCACCAAGAUGCGGUCCGUUGGUGUUGGAACAUUGCUUUCCGGCAAUGCUGGGUUUGACAGGCCAUCAGCUGUGAAGACCAAAGAGUCAGGCGUGGGGCAGAUAAAUAUUAACGACAACUAUCUGGUUGGCCUGAAAAUGAGGACCAUAGCUUGUGGGCCUCCACAGUUGGCUGUGGGGCUAGCAGCCAGCAGGAGGAGCGUGGGUGUUGGGGACGAGCCUGUAGGGGAGUUCCUGGAGAACCCCCAGCCCCAGGCUCCCUCUGGGAUGAUGACUGGCUUGGAUCACUACAUUGAACGGAUCCAGAAACUGUUGGCAGAGCAGCAAACACUGCUGGCUGAGAACUAUAGUGAACUGGCAGAAGCUUUUGGGGAGCCUCACUCCCAAAUUGGCUCCCUCAAUUCACAGCUCAUCAGCACCCUGUCAUCCAUCAACUCUGUCAUGAAGUCUGCAAGUUACGAAGAGCUGAGGAACCCUGACCUCCAGAAAACCAGCCUGGGAAGACUCACAGGAAAUAAUUUGGAAUAUACCUGUAAGUGUGGAGGCCUUCAGUCAAGAGGGCCAAUAAGCACCCAGAUAUCCCGGCAUGAGCAAGAGGCGGGGACCACGGAUGGCAAAGCCCUCAGCAGCCAGGACGCCUUCCCCACCCAGGAGUGUGCGCUGUCUCCGCUGAACCUGACAGAUGACCAGAUAGCUGCUGGCCUCUACGUAUGUACAAGUAAUGAAAGUACGCUGAAGUCCAUCAUGAAGAAGAAAGAUGGUAACAAAGAUUCAAAUGGCACGAAAAAGAAUCUUCAGUUUGUUGGCAUUAAUGGAGGGUAUGAAACAACUUCAAGUGAUGAUUCCAGCUCAGAUGAAAGCUCUUCUUCCGAGUCAGAUGACGAGUGUGAUGUCAUUGAAUAUCCUCCUGAAGAAGAGGAGGAGGAGGAAGAGGAGGAUGAAGACACUCGGGGAAUGGCAGAAGGGCACCAUGCAGUUAAUAUUGAAGGUUUCAAGUCUGCCAGGGUGGAAGAUGAGAUGCAGGUUCAAGAAUGUGAACCUGAGAAGGUGGAGAUCAGAGAGAGGUAUGAGUUAAGUGAAAAGAUGUUGUCUGCAUGCAACUUACUGAAAAAUAAUAUAAAUGACCCCAAAGCUUUGACCAGCAAAGAUAUGAGGUUCUGUCUGAACACCCUCCAGCACGAGUGGUUCCGCGUGUCCAGUCAGAAAUCAGCCGUUCCAGCCAUGGUGGGGGACUACAUAGCUGCUUUUGAGGCCAUCUCCCCAGACGUCCUCCGCUACGUCAUCAACAUGGCCGACGGCAACGGCAACACGGCCCUCCACUAUAGCGUGUCCCACUCCAACUUUGAGAUUGUGAAGCUGCUGUUGGACGCUGAUGUGUGUAACGUGGAUCACCAGAACAAGGCGGGCUACACCCCCAUCAUGCUGGCGGCCCUUGCUGCCGUGGAAGCAGAAAAGGACAUGCGGGUUGUGGAAGAACUCUUUGGCUGUGGGGACGUGAAUGCCAAAGCCAGCCAGGCGGGGCAGACGGCCCUCAUGCUGGCCGUCAGUCACGGGCGGAUAGACAUGGUGAAGGGCCUGCUGGCCUGCGGGGCUGACGUCAACAUCCAGGACGACGAGGGCUCCACAGCCCUCAUGUGUGCCAGCGAGCACGGGCACGUGGAGAUCGUGAAGCUGCUGCUGGCCCAGCCAGGCUGCAACGGCCACCUGGAGGACAACGAUGGCAGCACCGCGCUCUCGAUAGCCCUGGAAGCAGGACACAAGGACAUCGCUGUUCUCCUCUAUGCCCAUGUCAACUUCGCAAAAGCCCAGUCUCCGGGCACGCCUAGGCUUGGAAGGAAGACGUCUCCUGGCCCCACCCACCGAGGUUCAUUUGAUUGAUUACAUGCAAAUCGCUCUCCAUUUACACGCCACCAUUAAGCUGCUAAUUGUUCCUGUUGGGGUGACAGAUACUGAAUGUAUAUGUGUUGUGCCUGAGCUCACCAGCAAACAGAAGCAUAAAGCCAAGGGCUAAAGGCUGAAGCUUUCGCAGUGCAGAGACUGCCAGCCUGGGCUCGCACGCCUCCUUUCUGGCCCUCCUCUCUGUGUAGGGCACACUUGAACCCAGUCUCUGGUGCUGGCGAGUCUCUGCUCCGUUAUGUACAGUCGUAGGAAACUGUAACCUGACCUGAAUGGGCACCUUCUGUUCCUUCUCUCCACUCCCCCACCACCACCACCACCACCACCACUAAGAAGUGUCAGGUUCUCAUUGACAUCAUGUUUUAAAAUUUUUCCACAAAUAUUUAUAUUUACUAAGUGUGGAAUCAUUGGAAAUCUCUUCCAAAAUUCCAUUCCAAGGUGAUGUUCCUUUUGUCUGUAUUCUUUUAAAGUAAGGAAGUUUAGAUGCCUUUGACUAUCAGCAACUGGGGCCUGGGCUGGUAGUUUCUGAUUUAAAAAUAGAAGACGGAAUUCUCAAAAAGUACAGAACUUACAAAAGGAAGUAUUGUUAAUUGGUUUUAUCUAGGUGGAUGUAUUAUAUGACUUUUUAUAUAAAAGGUGUCUAUAUGAAAUUGACACAGUAUUUUCAACUUUUAUAUUCUAUAGUAAUUAAAGACAUGAACUAUAUGUAACAUUACCAUAUUUUUAUUAAUAAUGGCGCAACCCUGUAUCUAUUGAUAAAGGUUGGAUUGCGUUAGAGGAAUUGGCUAUCAUUUGCCUCUAGAGAAACACCGUGUAGUUCUUUGUAUUUAUGGAUUGAUUCCUUCGUACCGUGUCACAUUUACUUUGGUCCUAUAUGUAUUUAAAUGUUUGAAGUGCCUUAGACUCUUGCCAUAUUUCCAAAAUAAAAUUUCAUUACGCUCUCUUCCUUGAUCUCCAACAGCCGUCUGCCCCGGUCCUGUUGACUUACAGCAGUGUCAGCAAACGCUGAUGGAUGGACUGAGCAGGGAGGGCACGCAUGCUGUCUACUGGUCUCGAGACUCAGGAGGCUGAAAUUUGAGACCUUAUUAGGCAAACAGCUUAUAUCAAGACAGGUAACCUCCAAGGGCAGCCUCUGAGUUGGGUCUUCUCAGGGGCAGAAGCAAUCCUUGGCUCUAAUUUUGGGUGCAACUGCCGGGUGACUUGUUGAAAUGUAUAGCAACAAGAAAGGAGAGACACCUGGACAGUCCUUUUAUUUCAGCAUGCAGUUGCCCAAACAGCACCUGUUUUCAAGUUCUUUUUAAAGAGUAAAGAGAAUUGGGACCAUCUCAUUAAAAUGGAGAAGCAUGACAGCCAAAAUUCAAACUGUUUGGGCAUAGUUGCUGGUGAUGCAUUUUAACCAAGGCCGUUUGGGAGAGCCAGGUGCAUCAGAGAAAUAGCACUGAAACUUGUGUUUCCCUCCUUCCUUCCCUCCCUUUUUUAAAAUUUGAGCUCAAGAAAGAGGCCAGAGAGUGGACUUUUCCAAUAGGUAUUUCAUUUUAAUGCCUGCUUCACAGAGUUGAAGUGUGACUCUUUCAGAGAAGAGGAGCUGGGGAGCAGCAGUGAGAGUCGCGUUGGCAAUGCAGGCAGACCUGGGCAGUGGCACACUGGUCUCCUGGGACCACAAAGGACUGUCUUCUGCCAUGAACCAUGAAAACGAGGUCACAGCCACCUGGAGUCAUAAGCCUCUCUUUCCCUCUCAGGACAGAUCUGUUGGCUCUGGGAUUCGGACUAAAUUUCAGUUCAGGUAGUUAUUCAAGCCCAAGUUCCUACACAUCCAAAAUGGCACAAUAAAUUAAAGCAGAAGAGUGUGUGUUUGGAAGAGAAGUGGAGCCCUGCAUUGUCUGUCCCUUAACAGCAAGACAUGCCUUUUCAGCAAAGCAGACUGUAUCUUGGGUAGAUUGUUGGCCUGGGAAUUUUUUUGUUCCAUUGGAGAAAGGAAAGGCAUUAAUAUAAAUGCAUUAGAAAAUGAA